ACUGCCGCGCAGGAAGUGACGUAGAAAAACAAGCGGGCACGUGGAGAAGGCGUCGGUUGCUUGGCAGUGUAGAGACAGGAGAGACUUCCAACUGAAGUAUAUCAAUAUAUUAGACUGGGUUAGAUCUUGUACUUGAGUCAGUGGAGAAGUACCAGAGUGUAUGAAUACUCUGGUUCAACUACAAGUCCUUCAAUUAAAAUGUGACUUAAGUAAAAGUAGAAAAGUAUUGGCAUGAAAAUAUACUUAAAGUACCAAAAGUAAAAGUAGCCUACUCAUUAUGCAGGUUGGCCCAUUUCAGGUUCAGUUGAAUCCAAAUAUUGAUUGAUUAAAGUGUUAUCAAAGCUGGUAAAGGUGCAGCUACAGUAAUAAUACUUACUUUGUAUGCUGCAGGGUAGCUUGUGAAUGUUACUCCAUGUUACUCAAUGUUACUCAAGUAAUGUAAGUGUUUAUUAUAAUCCAAAUCUGCAAAUUAACCUAGGUGCUAUUAAAUACAUACAUGGAGUAGAAAUACACGAAUUACCUCUGAAUUGUAGUGGAGUAGAAGUAAAAAGUAGAAAAACAAUGUAAUGCUUAACUUAAGUACAAGUACCUCAAAGUUGUAUAGUGCUAGAGUAAAUGUAGUUUGUUACUUUACACCAUAUCAACAAUAGAAACAUUUUUCUCCAAUUUGUUGUGUUGUUGAUCCAGCUGUCUUCCAUCCCUGUUGUAUUCAAUAGUUAUUUUAUCAGACACUUACUCGGCAAUUACCUGCUGGCAGAAAAGCAGCAGGGGUUAGGACUUGUCUCAGUUUGUUGGCAUACAUUAAAUAAUAUUCAACAAUAUAUAAAGUAGGACUAUAAAUUAUCUUAAUUUAUAACAUUUAAACCCUUCUUGCAUGCAUGACAAACAAUAAUCUGUUUUUGCAUUUUAGUAAGCCACUUUUAAUCAAGCAAACAAUCUAAAUACUUUUUCCAUCUCUAGUUUAGUGUUUUAAGGCCAUUGUUUGUUUUUUUAAUUGACGAUAAUGAGCAGAAUAAAUUGCUUUUCCUAAUUUGAGUAGCCUGCCAUGCAUGUUUCCCUUUGCAGAUGUGAUCCUUGUUUAGGUUUUAACCAUGCACUUUCAACCUAAUUGAUAUUUGUGCUGAACAAAGUGACACUAUUUAGCUGAGCUUUUAUGAAUAAUUUGUGUUGGCCAUGUGUUGCCUGAUAAUUGAGCUGUUUAAUUAAUAAUUUCUGCUUUCUGUUUGCAUGAUGGAAGCUAUUCUUUGGGAAUAAAACAUGAACCUGACCUUUAACAUAAUGCAUCCUUCUAUAGUGAUGAAUGACUUGGCUAAAAGUAGUGAUAUACCAUUUUCCUGCAUGUGCAUUUGUCUCAGUUGUAAUGAGUUGGCUGCUUGCAUCACUGUGCGGAGGUGACGUGCGGCGUCUGGGAGCUGUCCCAGGAAUCAUGGUGCUGAGGCUGCAGCACCUUUUCAGCAGCCAAUGAUCACAGGACAAUCCGGGGCAACGGAUGCUUUCACCCGGGGCAGGACAGUCCUACAAUGCUGUUGGAUUUUAACGGAGGGAUGUAAACCCAUCGGCUUGUUCCUCGGACAUGGAAAUGCGACAAUUGGGGAUGUAAGCACACUUGCCAGCGACCUGCAGUCGGCAGGAGAUCUAUCAAAAAAUAAAUAAACUGUAAGCAUUAAGUCUGUGGAAAUCGGGAUAGCUCGCCAGCUGUGACAUUUAUUGAACUUAAUGGCUUCAGACACUUGUUUGCAUCGAUGGGAUUUGUUUGCCUUUUGGAUGUACAUUCUCGUGAAACAAUAACAUAGGCUACUUUCAAUAAAUCAACAAAGAGAACUGCAGACUUCUUUAAGCCCCAACACACGCUGGAAAACGCACCCCAACGACCCCAUAUGAGAAAGUGUUGGCUCAUGACGGAGACAUAUCCAGUACAUGCUGUCUUCUUCCAGCACCUCUGCAUGGUGCUGUGAGUUUGUGGCCGUCAGCCUGAUGCUGCGCAGCCAGGGCAUGCUGAAGAGCCGCUGCUGCGUCCUGCUCGGUGACCUGAGGGUGCUCCUUCUCGGGCCACCGACAUCUCUUUCUCCGCUGACCCCCAUGAGCGUCCAAGGAACUGAAAGCCAUCAAACAGGCGUUGCCAUCCCCGACAAUAACAAUACGUUAACGAGGAGCCACCAGCCCGCAGGGGACCGGGUUACCCCCCCUGUAGCGGGAGCCCCCGGGCCGCCGGGCGGAGAGCGGUCGGGCUGGGUGGAUGCUGCCGAGCUGUCGGUGGCCUUGCGCGGCUGCAGCAGCUCCUCCGAUGACUGCUCAAAGGGCAAACUGGAGGAGCGGUUCUCCCUCACCAGCUACUCUGAGAGCGGCUUCAGGACCCCGCUGUGCAGGAUCUGCUUCCAGGGACCAGAACAAGGGGAGCUCCUGAGCCCCUGCCGGUGCAGCGGAUCAGUGCGCUGCACCCACCACCCCUGCCUCAUCAAGUGGAUCAGCGAGAGAGGAUCCUGGGCCUGUGAGCUCUGCUACUACAAAUAUCAGGUCAUUGCCAUCAGCACCAAAAACCCACUACAGUGGCAAGCCAUCUCCCUGACGGUGAUAGAGAAGGUGCAGAUAGCAGCGGCCAUCUUGGGAUCCCUGUUCCUGAUGGCCAGUAUCUCCUGGCUGGUGUGGUCCUCCUUCAGCCCGUCAGCCCGCUGGCAGAGACAAGACCUGCUGUUCCAGAUCUGCUACGGCAUGUACGGCUUCAUGGACAUCGUAUGCAUCGCGUUAAUCGUCCACGAGGGACCUUCUGUGUUUCGAAUCUUCCACCGCUGGCAGGCUGUGAACCAGCAGUGGAAAGUCCUGAACUAUAUCAAGUCUAUGGACAAUGAGGACCUGAAGAAAGCUGUGGACAGAACUGUGUCUCAGCCCAGCCCAGGCUACCAAACUGAGGUCGGAGUGUCCACCUCCACCUCCUCGCUGAUGGUGGUAGCCUCCACAGCCGAUGGCUCCAUUUCUACCACCGCGGUGACGCCUGCAGGAGGACAGGGAGCACAUCUGGAUCCUAACAGCAGCGCAGUGCCAGACCAACACGGCCCCUACAACAUCCUCCAUCUCCUCAGCAACCUCAGGCAGCCGGAGCCCCGCAGCCAGCCCAGCAACAGCACAAGAGAGCUGGUCAUGAGAGUCACCACAGUCUGAGGAGCCAAGAGAGGCCUUAUCUCACACAGAGGGGGAAGAUUUAUGACCCAGCUGACAGUUGAAAAAGAAAAUGUCUUCUCUUAACUGCACUGGAUUAAUAACAUGUUCUUGUUUGUCUCAAAAUGCAUCUCUGAUGUCCUUACAUGGAUUGAAUAAAAGUCAAAGUUGUUUGAUUUGCAGAAUUGGUUGGAAACUCUUUAUUUUAGAUAGUUAGGGUCAAGAAUAUUGGCUGAAAUGCGUAUUGAUAUUUAUUCCUGAUACUCUGAAACAA